GGACUUUCAUAGAAAUGUAAUGAUAUUACGUCAGCCAUCCUUUUUCUCCGAGAGUUGCUUUUAAUUCCUGUGUUCGCACUCAUUUCUUCGCCACCGUGUAAUGCUUCAGACUUCCAACAAACGGGCAGCUCCAGAUAGACCUCAUCAUGAACGCCCAGCAAAGAGACUUACCACUUCAUCACCAGAGGAGGGCGAAGUAGAUGACUCUUCGCCACCUUCUCCGCGCCCAACAAUAAUUCCCCUGCCACCCAAGCCAGCUCCUUCCAAGUUCGAGACUAAGGUCAAGUUUCCUUUCAAGAAGAAAACAAACGGUCCAGAUGCUCCUGGUCCAUCUACUCAGAGAAUUAGUCCCAUGAUGGACAGAAGGCAUACUUCGGUCUAUGAGAGAUCCGAAGACGACGAGAGACGCAUACGGGAGGAUGACCAACGCAAUGGCAGGUCCAGGCUUCACUAUGACCAAUCUCGCAAAAGGAGCGGCGCUCAAAUAAGUGAUCAUUGGCAGCCUUCCUAUAGUAGAGAGGGCGACCGUCGUCCCCCUGCCUGGGAUCUUCCACGGGACCCUUACAGGCCUGCUCAUGACACAUACAUCCCAGCACGGGAUAGGUAUGACGGUCGUGUCUAUGGAAGGGAACGCGAUAUUUCUUCACUGUCACCUCAUUCACCUGACCGCUCCCGUUCACCGUCCUCAUCUUCUUCUUCACACCGAGGAAAGCACAGAUUACCAUCACGUCGCUCUCCAUUGGUUAAUUAUAGUCCGCCUCGUCGUGACUAUGGCGUGGACAGACUACAUGAUCAAAGGAUGCGUGAUGGGGGCUGGGAACGCGCCCGUCAUGAUGACCAUAAUCGCUGGGGGCCACCAUCGGAAAAUGAAAAUUACUCGCGGACGGACGACCGCUAUCGUCGUCCCGUGCGCCACUCGCCGCGUCGCGAACGCGAACGUUCAUGGGACUCUUAUGAUAGGGACCACCCAAGUCACCCUGAAGGAGGACGUGAUACAGAUCGCGAUACCUAUCAUACGGGGAGCCAUCGCUCUGUGGCACCUCGUGCUCAAGAUGAUGACCGUGACGAUCAGUAUCGUCCUGUUUCCCCGGGUAUAUACCGUGACCCUUCCCCUCCGUCACCUACGGCAUCAAGUCACAAACAUGUUUCCCACACACCACCGCCUCCGCCUUCUUCUCCACCCCCCGUCCCAACCCCCGAACGACCCAAAGAUGAAACCCUACCUCCUCACGCAGCUAUCUCGAUUGCAAUUCCUUUGAAACGACCUCCGGCACCUAGAGACGCCCAUUCUCCGUCGCCGCUUCCGCUUCCAUCCGCUCAUGAGGAGCCGGUGAAGGAAAAGAAGGAGACCGCAGUGGACGCGACGCCAAGACUACCACCUGUGGAGCAUAAGCGGAAACGUGCCCCCGUGCAACGUACAAGAAAGCAAGAGCUAGAGGCAUACGGUCACGUCUUUCUUGGUUGUGGUCAACAAAGCGACUACGACGCCACUGCGAAACUCGGCGAGGGUACUUUUGGAGAGGUCCACAAAGCAGUUCAUCACAGCGGGCGCCUGGUGGCUCUCAAACGUAUUCUUAUGCACAAUGAGAAGGAGGGCAUGCCCGUAACUGCCUUGCGCGAGAUCAAAAUUCUCAAGGCAAUGAACCACCCAUGCAUAAUCGAUAUCUUGGAUAUGUUCGUCGUCCGUAGCAAUGGAAAGAACUCGUUAUCUGUUUACAUGGUGUUUCCAUACAUGGACCAUGACCUCGCUGGCCUACUGGAGAACGAGCGCGUAAAGCUACAACCCAGCCAUAUCAAAUUGUAUAUGAAGCAACUUCUGGAAGGAACGGAAUAUAUGCAUCGUAAUCACAUCCUACACCGCGACAUGAAAGCCGCCAAUCUUCUCAUCGAUAACAACGGCUCGCUCCGGAUAGCAGAUUUCGGUCUAGCGCGCGCAUAUGAUCCGAGUGUUAUCCAUGGUGUUAUGGAUCAGCGUGGGAGAGAAAAGAAGUACACGAACUGUGUCGUGACAAGGUGGUACCGUCCUCCAGAACUACUGCUCGGCGCCCGACAGUAUGGUGGAGAAGUUGAUAUCUGGGGCAUAGGAUGCGUUCUCGGAGAGAUGUUCAUGCGCAGGCCAAUUCUUCCUGGAUCGUCGGACAUCGACCAAUUGGAGAAGAUUUGGCAGUUGUGCGGUACUCCGAAUCAGCAUACAUGGCCAAAUUACGAUGCCCUACCAGGGUGCGAGGGCGUAAAGCGGUUCAAUCAGACUUAUUCCAAGAAGCUGAGAGCCGCGUAUGAAAGUAUUGGCCCUGAGACCUGUGACCUCCUGGAUAAGCUGCUUACAUGCAACCCAAGGGAUCGUAUCACUGCCUCACAAGCCCUUGACCACGAUUAUUUCUGGACCGACCCACUCCCCGCUGACCCCAAAACCCUUCCGUCAUACGAAGCCUCCCACGAAUUCGAUAAGCGCGGGCGACGCAACAACCAGCCGCCACCAGGUAUUAUGCCUCCCGAUGGCUACUUCAGGCCACACCCUUUGCCAAACCAGCCCCAAGGGUUCUACCCUCGUGGACCGCCGCACCGCGAUGCGUUCAGGCCAGGUCCCCCACCUCCUGUCAUUGUGUCUGCUUUGUUGCAGCAUCAAGGCGGUGGUCACCCUCCUGGUCCUCCUGGUGGUCAGCACCCUGGUGGUCCUCAUCCCGGUGGUCCGCACCCUGGGCAUCCUGGUAGCCAACAUCCCGGCAACCAGCCUCCACCUUUCGGACGCCCACCACCUCACGGCGCUGGGUAUCCUCCCCGUGGGAUACACCAACCACGUCAAGCUCCUCGUGCCAUGGACCUUCCUGCUCAUCUACCGCCACGACCUGUGGCUCCCAUGGGCUCCGGUCCACCACCGUUUGGUGGUCGUGCCCCACGGCGGACGGGCGGAGGACGGCACGCAGGUGGAGGGAGCAACGGGACAGGCGGGGGAGGCCUACCAUAUUCAUAACCCAACCCAACCCCUUGUUCAUCUUUUUCGCACGCAUCUAUUGUGCUUUGUCGAUCUGCGCUUUCGUGUUCUUUCAUUUUUUUCUCUAGCCAUACACACACAACACAACCCAUUUUCGCAGAUGUUACAGAUAGGUGGGAGUAGAACACUUAGAUGACGUGUUUGGUUGGACUGUUCACCGCACACUUCCUCAACACAGAUGUAAUGCAUGAUUAAUCACCCGACUAUCAAUAUUAAGUAUGACCUUACAUCAACCAUCUCAAAUCUUUAUGAAGUGACUGGAGG